GUGCGUGCCUUGCCUGCCAAAGGGAGAUCUGUUCAUCUGCGUGUGAUCCCGGCCGCCCCGGCGCGUCCACUUCCCUCCUUCGCUGGGGCUCAGCUUAGCGGCGGUGGCGGCGGCAGCAGCAGAAGCAGGAGUUUGCAAUAUCUCUGCUCCUUCCCCUCUGGAAAACCUGUCCACCCGGCGCGCCCUUGCCUCCCACAGGAUUCUAGCUUUCUAAAGUCAGCCUCCCAGUCUUUGGCCGGGAGGCAGAAGAGAAGGCUGGGGCGUCUUUUUCGUGGAUGUUACUGCUCGGGAAAGGCAGCAAGUUGCAUGUGCGUCCGGGACCGGGAAGGAAAGGAGCCAGCCGCCUCACAAACCAUGGACUAUUAUCCUUACUACAGAAGAAAAGAAGUUGAUGGCCAGUAGGAUUCAAGAUUGCCUCAUUCAAGAAAUUUUCCAAAGCUAAAAAAUUAAGGCUUCCUGUGAGUCUUCCUUUGACGUAUCAAUACUCUCCUUCAUUCUCAGGAACAACUUAGUUCUGGUCUUUUGUGGGUCUUCAUUGCCAUAUCUAGUGCUUUUGGAUGAGAUCAUGGCAUCUAGCCUAACGUGCACAGGUGUGAUCUGGGCGCUGCUCUCCUUUCUCUGCGCUGCCGCUUCCUGUGUAGGAUUCUUCAUGCCUUAUUGGCUUUUGGGAUCGCAAAUGGGGAAACCAGUGUCCUUUGGCACUUUCCGGAGAUGCUCAUACCCAGUGCAUGAUGAGAAUCGCCAGACCAUGGUGAUGGUGGAGGAAUGUGGGCGCUAUGCCUCGUUUCAAGGUAUCCCCAGUGCAGAAUGGAGGAUCUGUACCGUGGUGACCGGGCUGGGCUGUGGUCUUCUUCUUCUGGUGGCAUUGACUGCUCUCAUGGGUUGCUGUGUGUCUGAGCUCAUCUCAAGAACAGUGGGCAGGGUGGCAGGAGGAAUUCAGUUCCUAGGGGGCUUGCUGAUUGGGUCUGGCUGCGCUCUGUAUCCUCUGGGCUGGGACAGUGAAGAAGUCCGGCAGACUUGUGGUUACAUUUCUGACCAGUUUGACCUGGGCAAGUGUGAGAUUGGCUGGGCUUACUACUGCACUGGUGGCGGAGCAGCCACGGCCAUGCUGCUCUGCACUUGGCUUGCCUGCUUCUCUGGCAAGAAACAAAAGCAGUACCCAUACUGAUAGUGCCAAGGAUGGUGCAACGUGACCCAGGUGGGAAGGAAUGAGCUCAGACAGAUGAAGAAUCAAGCACCAAGCAAGCUUGGAAAGAUGGAUUUAUGGCUCUUAUCUAACACAAUGCUUAUAACAUAUGAUGGAAUGUUCUUGAGGACAUCAUUUGACACAGGGUGGGGUAGGGAGAUGGGAGGGAAGAGGGGGAUUUAUAAGAGGGAUGGGUGAUAUGUAAGGGGGGAACAUAAAUGAUGGACCAAAGUCUAAAGACGUUGUAGGGAAUAAGAUGCUCCCCCCACCCCUGAGUAUUACUGGUCUGCUCUAUAAGAAUAUGGCUGUACAUGCAGGAAAUUCUCUUUAGUUGUAACAUUUAAAACUAAGCAAGACAGUAUAUUAAAUGACCAGUGAAAGCAGUAUUGUGUUGGAAGGCAGAGUAAUCUCCAAAAAUUCCCUUUAGGCUUGUCACUCCCAAAAGCACACACACACACACACACACACACACACACACACACACACAUGCAAACACAUAUGCACAUACUUGCACACACACACAUGCAAACACAUAUGCACACACACAACAUGGCACAGGUUAAAAUGGAGAUUUAGUCAAUGCAUUAUUUCAACUUUCUUUUUCAUCAGUUAAAGUUCAGUGUUAUCCCAUUAUAAAUCAUACAUUAAUCCUAAUUAAUGGACCAAUAAGCCACUUUAUCAGUAUUUUGUGUAUCCUGCAUAAGCUCCCUCAACAUGUAAUCACUGUUUAUUCAGAUUUUUAAAAUUAAGCUUCUGUAAGUUCAGCAUUCCACUAAGAAUGCCAUAUUUUACACUAUAUAUGCAGCUCCUGCUGCUGGAACUAAUGACAAAGGGACAACUCCCUGUCCAGUGGAAGGAUGAAUUCAGUUUCUGAUAGAUAAGUAUAAGGAGAAAACAUUUGCUUUUGUUUCAUGAUUGUCAUACUGUGUUGUAUCCUCAUUGUUUCGAUAUUCAUUUUUGUAAAAAAAAAAGUGCUAUUUUAUGUUUGUAUUUUAAAAGCUCUGUGAAUAAAUUUCUCUUUGAUCAAUA